AAUGUUAGAGGGAAUGAAAAGUCAAACUAAUGGCUUCCCAGAAAAGAAAAAGAAAUUGAAACUCUGAAGAAGCGAAGUAGAUGAUGAAGAAAGAUGGAUUUAGCGAUAAUCUCAAGCUCUCAAUUCCAGCUGCAGGGGAGCAAUCCAACACCAAGUUCCUGUUUUUUUUUUGUUUUUUUAUCUAUUUCUCCAUGGAUCUCUAUGGAUAUAAAUUUGAUGAUGUGUUUUGAUGGAUGGUCUCUCUGUAGGACGACGCAGAGCGGUACAUUUAAGGAGGAAGAUCUGCGAGUUAACAAUGAUGGAAUUCGAAUCAUCUCUCAGUGGGAGCCUGAAGCUCCCUCUCCAAUUAAGCCAGCUGAUGCUCAACUGAGCUUGUCGGAUUUGGAUAUGGUUGAAGUCAUUGCAAAAGGUAGCAGUGGUGUUGUUCAGUUGGUUCAACACAAACGGACUCGCCAAUUUUUCGCCGCCAAGGUCUUUCAACUUAACGUUGAUGAAGAGAUCCGCAAGUCAUUUGCACAAGAGUUGAAAAUAACUCAAUCUUCACAAUGUCCAUAUCUUGUCACCUCGUACCAAUCAUUUAACGACAAUGGAGCAAUCUCACUAAUUAUGGAGUACAUGGACGGAGGAUCUCUAGCAGACUUUCUCAAAUCAGUUAAAGCCAUCCCUGAGUCAUAUCUUUCUGCCAUCUUUAGACAAGUGAUCCAAGGACUGAUCUAUCUUCAUCAUGAUAGGCAUAUCAUCCACUGUGACUUGAAACCAUCAAAUCUGUUGAUCAACAACAGAGGAGAAGUCAAAAUAACUGACUUUGGUGUGAGUACCGUUAUGACAAACACAGCAGGUUUAGCAAACACAUUUGUGGAGACUUACAAUUAUAUGUCUCCAGAGAGAAUUGUUGGAAGCAUGUAUGGUAAUAAAAGUGAUAUAUGGAGCUUGGGAUUAGUAGUGCUCGAAUGUGCAACAGGAAAGUUUCCUUAUGCACCUCAAAAUCAAAAGAGAAGAUGGACCAGUGUUUACGAGUUGAUGGAUGCCAUUGUUGACCAACCGCCACCUGCUCUUCCUUCAGGAAGUUUCUCCCUUGAGUUAUCUUCAUUCAUCUCCGCAUGUUUGCAGAAGGAUCCGAACAGCAGAAGCUCUGCUAAGGAACUAAUGGAACAUCCUUUUUUGAACAAAUACGACUACUCAGGGAUCAAUCUGGCGUCUUACUUCACAGAAGCAGGAUCGCCGCUUGUAACACGUGGGAAUCUGUCUGGAGAAACUUCAUGUAACAACAUGUUCCAUAUCGAUGAUGCAGCUAAUGAGAUUGACAAGCCAUACCCUCCACAUCGCCAAGAUGAGGUUUGGAGGCUGGAGGGAAUCCCCAAAUAUGGGGUUGAAGCAUCGCGUUUGGCGGAAGAAGGGAUCCAUACUGUCCAAGAGCUUCGCCGUUGUAUUGCGAUGAAUCCGGACGCCUUCCACCGGAUAUUAGGAGCAUUGGUGUCCAAGAAAACAUUGGACACGAUUGUAUCCCACGCAAUGAGUUGCCAUGAGGACCAUGAGGACCAUGAAGACCAUGAAGACCAUGAGGACCAUGAAGACCAUGAGGACCAUGAGGACCAUGAAGACCAUGAGGACCAUGAGGACCAUAAGGACCAUGAGGACCAUAAGGACCAUGAGGACCAUGAGGACCAUGAGGACCAUGAGCACCAUGAGGAUGGGAGAAAGUAUUAUGCAUACAAAGUGCAAGCCGAGGGAGCCUUUUUUCUCUUCAAUGACUUUUACGAAUUAGAAGAAGUUUCAUUCGAUGGGGUCACUACACUAAACUCCAAUGAGUUGACCUUUAAACAAAAGGAACUUAUUGACAAACUGAAGCUUGACGCUUAUGAAAACGUAACUAGAUUCACCGAGGUGGAUAAACAGAUCUUUGAGCAUAAUCCACGAGAUUCCGUAAGUGAGUCCUCUGAUAAAAGUAACGUUUUGCCUCCAGACACAUCACCUGAGUCUGAGUGUGAUGUCUUCAUCUCAUACAAUGAAAAGGACGUAAGCAGCAGUUUCAUUAGCCAUCUUCGUGCUUCCCUCUGCCAGAAAGGGAUUUCAGUCUUUGACAAAUUUGAUGAAGUUCCAGAAUAUAGAGUUAUGAUCGAAUUCAUAAAAAGCGGUGACGUCUCUUCCAAAUACCCAAUAUUUUUGAAUAGAAAGGAACGAGGCGUUUCUCAGAUGUGGUACAGACUAUCACAAUCUUCUAUCGGUACGAAUCUUGAGAGAUAUUCCCUCCAAAACAAGCGAAUGUGGUCAAUAUGUGAUGUUUUAAAGGAAGCGCCUGACUACAUAUUGACAAAAGAAUCUGAGUCCGAACUUAUAGGUGAGAUUGUUAGAGAUGCUUUGAAGGAGCUAUGCUCCAGUGAUAAGGAGAAAAUGAUUGGGAUUGAUGCACAAGUUGAUGAGAUCCUGUCGCUACUAUGCAUCGAGUCCACAGAUGUUCGCAAAAUAGGUAUAUGGGGUACAGCUGGUAUAGGAAAGACGACCAUUGCUGAAAAAGUCUUCCGCAGAAUCUCUGUCCACUACAAGUCUUGCGUCUUCCUGAAGGACAUUCAUGAACAAGUAGAAGAAAAUGGACAGGUUACAGUUAGAGAGAAUUUUUUUUCUAAACUCUUAGAGGUCGAACCAUCUCUGAUGCGGAAUUCCGACAUUAACACAUGUUUCUUGAGGAGUAGGCUUCAGUGUAAGAGGGUUCUCGUUAUUCUUGAUGAUGUGAACGAGUUUAGGGAUCUUGAAACCUUUUCCGGUAAUCUAAACUAUUUUGGUCCAGGAAGCAGAAUUAUUAUAACCUCUAGAAAUAGAGGCGUGUUCGGGCAAAGUAACAUCGAUCAUAUCUACGAGGUCAAGCCAUUAGAUACUUCUACGUCUCUGUUACUUCUUGAUAGUGGUACAUUGGAAAGUGUUAUAUCAAUGUCAACUGCUGAAUACAGAAAGCAGUCACUUGAGUUGGUCAAAUUUGCUAAUGGAAAUCCAGAAGUUCUUAAAUAUUUGAAGAACAGAUCCCAUGGAGACUGGGAUCAGUUAUUACAAGAAGUUCUGCAAACCUCUCCCAUUUUCAUUCCACGUAUAUUAAGGAGCUGUUUUGGACUUGUGGAAAACGAGAUCAAUAUAUUUUUGGAUAUUGCCUGUUUCUUUGGAAGGAUGGAUAAAGAUGACGUUGCAAUGUUGUUGGAUGGUUGUGGUUUCUUCGCACAUGUUGGAUUUAGAAGCCUUGUUGACAGGUCUCUGUUAACCAUAUCAGACAACUUGGUUGACAUGCACAGAUUUAUCCAGGCAGCGGGUCGAGAGAUUGUUCGACAGGAGUCACCCGACAUGCCAGGAAAACGCAGUAGGUUGUGGAAUCCAGAAGACAUUAUGGAUGUAUUUUUAUAUGAUAAUGGCACUUCAGCUAUUGAGGGCAUUUUCUUCGACAUCUCAAAGCACAAAUUUGAUGCAAAUCCCAAUAUAUUCGAGAAAAUGUGCAACCUUAGAUUGCUAAAAUUUUAUUACUCCGAAGUGGUGAAGAACAGUAGAGUAUCUUUACUCCAAGGUCUUAAAUAUUUGCCAAGCAGGCUAAGACUUCUCCACUGGGAAUAUUAUCCUUUAUGCUCUUUGCCGCGGAGUUUCAAUCCAAGGAAUCUUGUGGAGCUUAACUUGCCAAAUAGCUCUGCAAAAAAACUUUGGAAAGGAAAAAAGAGUCUGGAAAAGCUUAAAAGGAUGACACUUAGCUACUCCUACCAGUUAACUAAAAUCCCAAGACUUUCAAGUGCGCCAAAUCUUGAGCUGCUUGAUCUUGAAGGCUGCAACAGCUUGUUGAGCAUUAGCCAGUCCAUCUCUUAUCUCACGAAGCUUGUUUUUCUGAAUCUUAAAGACUGCUCGAAGCUGGAGAGUAUUCCAUCUAUGCUUAGUUUAGAAUCUCUCAAGAUUCUUAAUCUUUCUGGCUGCAUAAAGCUAGAGAAUUUCCCGGAGAUUUCACCAAAUGUGAGAGAAGUGUACAUGGGUGGAACUAUGAUACAAGAAAUUCCGUCAUCCAUUAAGAACCUGGUAUUGCUUGAAAAACUGGACCUGGAAAACAGCAGACAUCUAAAGAAACUUCCAACAAGCAUCUGCAAAUUAAAGCAUCUUGAAACUCUAAAUCUGUCAGGCUGCACAAGCCUGGAGCGGUUUCCAGACUUGUCGAGAAGGAUGAAAUGCUUAAGGUUUUUGGAUGUAAGCAGGACAGCCAUUAAAGAGCUACCCUCCUCCAUAUCAUAUCUGACUGCUCUUGAAGAGCUGAGAUUCGUAGACUCCAGGAACCUCUUAAAAUUCCCAAUUGUUACCAAUCCCAAUGCCAGUUUUACAGAGUUGAUGCCUCCCGAGUCGAAUAAGAUGGAUAAUUUAGGUACUCCGGCAGAUGAGGAAGUAGUUGUUGGUGGUCCGAUAGAGAAUAGGCGUGGCAUUAAGGGGGUUAGACCACCAGUACUUAAUCCCCCUAUAGCAAUGAAACGACCUCCCAUUCUUGGAGGAUCAUCUUGGGAUUUCCUUACGCAUUUCGCUCCAAGUGAUGAAGAGAAAGCCAUGGAAGAGAAAGUGGAAGCGGAAGAAACGGAAGCUAUGUUUAUCCAGUUGAGGGAUACAGAGGGAUGCUCAUACACUACAAACAAGGGUGACUCCUCAAUGACAGUAUCCAACACGUCGUCUGUUUACGCCUCCGAAGGAUCUAUCAUCACCUCUUGGCAGAAGGGUCAACUUCUGGGACAAGGAUCAUUGGGCUCCGUGUAUGAAGGCAUUUCAGGAGAUGGGGACAUCUUUGCUGUCAAGGAAGUUUCGCUAUCGCUACUUGAUCAGGGAAGUCGGACACAAGAAUGCAUUCAACAACUCGAGGGGGGGAUUGCACUACUUAGUCAGCUUCAGCAUCGGAAUAUAGUGCGAUAUCGUGGCACAGCUAAGGACGAGUCGAAUUUUUACAUCUUUCUUGAACUAGUAACCGAAGGAUCCCUUCAAAAACUCUACCAAAGAUACCAGCUUAAAGACUCUAUAGUUUUCUCGUACACAAGACAGAUUCUUGAUGGUUUGAAAUAUCUCCACGAUAGAGGUGUUAUACACAGGGACAUCAAAUGUGCAAAUGUAUUGGUGGACGCUAAUGGAGCAGUUAAACUUGCAUAUUUUGGAUUGGCUAAGGUAAUCGACAUUAAGUCCCACAGGGGAACUCCAUUGUGGAUGGCUCCAGAGUUUCAUCAGGUUCUUAACCCGACGCAUAGUGAUGGCUACGGAAGUCCAGCUGAUAUAUGGAGCCUCGGGUGCACUGUGCUUGAAAUGUUGACUGGUCAGGUUCCCUAUUCCGAUUAUGAACCUGUUGCUGCCAUGUAUAAGAUUGCAACGGGUACGCUUCCAAAAAUACCUGAUACUCUAUCGUUAGACGCUCGACAUUUCAUACUUAAGUGUCUCAAAGUGAAACCGGAAGAGCGGCCAACUGCUACUGAGCUGUUGAACCAUCCAUUUGUGAGAAGGCCCUUACCAUCCUCGGGCUCUAGAUCGGGCUUGGGAUAAGCAUCUCCGGUUCUCCGUCGAUGAGGCUAAUUUUUGCAGGUUGCCGUCUAUAGGUGAACCUUUUGUUUUUGUUUUCAUGAGUAUAUUAGAGUCAAAAACUGUAUCUUCUAACAUUGAUGUCCUAAUUGUAUGAGCAGUUGUAAACCAGAAGGGUUGUGAGAGAUAAUACCCCAUGAAAAUUAUUGGGAAGACUCAGAGAUAUGAUUCUUAGACACAGGCGGUUGAGUUGCGUAGCAAGAGCUAAACUUCCUGGAGACAUAUCUUCAGGUUGUUUCUGUCUCAUUCGUUGGUUACUUUUGUAAGCCUGUGUGUUGGGCUGUGAAUAGAGAUCCUGAUUCAUGGGAAGAUCCUGAUUUGUUUGAGCCAUAGAGGUUUUUAGCUUCUUCGAGAUCAGGAGAAGAA